AUCAACCCAACAAACCAGCAGGACAGGUCGACAUUUUACCUGUUGCCCUGGUUACCUGGGCUGAACACGCCCACCCCAGCUGCUACCAAUCAGGAGAGGGAGUGAAGAGGUGCAGGCAGCAAGGAAUCCUCAGUAUUCUAGUUUCAACAGCCUGCCGACAGACACAGAACCACGGACAGACUAGAGACAGACAGACAUGUCAUUUUUUUCAGGACUUGUGGAGAAGGCAGUAGAUAAAGCUGUGGACCAUGCCAAGGACAAAGUGAUGGAUAUGCUGGGAGUAGGAGGCAAGGACGAGGACGAGGAGGAGGAGGAGGAAGGAGGCAUCAAGAAGUUCUUCUCCUUUGGGAAGGACAAGGAGGAGGAUGACGAUGACGAUGAGAAGAAGAGCGGGCUCAGCCGCUUCCUGUCCUUUGGAGGAGAUGACGAUGAGGAGGAGAAGAAGAAGAGGAAGAAGAAGGAGGGAGGAGGUGAUGGGGACAUGUUGGACUUCCUGUCAUUUGGUGGAGAAGACGAGGAGAAGAAAGGAGGUUUCCACGGCCUCUUCUCUGAGCAGCAGCCAGGAGGUGGAGCAGGAGGCGCAGGGGAGAUGAGUCUGACGGACAGCCUGGGGGAGAUCGCUGAGGAGAUGUCAGCCGAGUAGAUGACCUGCUGUCAUCUCAUCUGUAACAUCUGGACCUGGACCCUCCAGACCCAACCCCUCUAGAGCCAGCCCCUCUACCCCCCCAGCCCCUCCUACCCCUCUACCCCUCCAGCCCCUCUACC